CAAAAGUAAAAGAUGCACCGAAGGUAGUUUCCCGGAUGUAAGGCUGCCUCAUCGUAUGUUGCGGGUUCCUUGGCCAGCGUCACCGUACGGGCCAUUACAGUAUCGUACGCCGGGCGCUGUGAGAGUGGAGCUCACAAUCAUCUGCCUCACAAUUGACUCAAUAUACCAGCAAGAUGAGUGCUCAAUCAGGAAUCAAAGUCUCCGACAACCUUACCCAAGCUUUCACCUCCUUCACCCGAGACUCCUCCCUCGGCGCUCUUAAAGUCUCCAUCACCAAUGAGUCCCUUGAGCCCUCCGGAACCCUCCCUUCCGAUUCCAUCGAGUCGCUCUUUGCCGAUGUGCAGGCAUGGCUGGAAGACAAAACCCCAGCGUACAUCUUCCUCCGCACAUCGGAUACGGCGUUUGCGUUCUUGACAUACGUCCCUGACACCGCUCCCGUGCGCCAGAAGAUGCUCUAUGCGAGUACCCGGACGGCUCUCCUUCGAGACCUUGCUGCGCUUGACAAGAUCUCCACCUCAGUCUUCGCAACGACAAGAGGCGAAUUGAGUUACAAAGCAUACCAAUCUCACCUCGCUGCCGAGAACGCGGACAACACCCAUGGGAUGAGCUCGAAGGAGAGGGAAUUGGCGCAGGUCAAGCAGGCUGAGGCGGAGGGUGCGCAGUAUGGAACGGGAGCACGGAGAUCUAAUGUUGUGUCGAGUGCUGGGACUGGGAUGCCGUUGAGUGGGGAAGCUCUCGGUGCAUUGGAUCGGUUGAGGAACGGAAGGGGUACACUCAUCCAGCUCGCCAUCGACCUCGAAAACGAAACUGUCGAGCUUGCAAGCGAGGAGACGAUCGGCAGUGCCGACGACCUCAAAUCCGCCAUCGACUCCACCUCCCCACGCUACUCCUUCUACGCCUGGCCCCAUACCAACCCAACCACCUCCCAAUCCACAACCAGCACCAUCUUUAUCUACACCUGCCCAACCUCCUCAAAAGUAAAAGAACGCAUGAUUUACUCUUCGACCCGGAAUUUCGUGGUGGUGAAUGCGGAGAAGGAGGCGGGGUUGGUCAUUGUGAAGAAGAUUGAGGCGAACGAGUUGGAGGAUGUUGGAGAAAAGGAGUUGAUGGGGGAAAUCUAUCCCAAGGCGGAGGGCGAAAAGAAGGCUUUCUCGAGGCCGAGAGCGCCGGGGAGGAAGAGGGUUUAG